AUGCAAAGCGUUUUCGCGACUCCGCUGCCUGGACUCUCCAAAUCUUCGAUUUUCACUAGUCCUAUCAUCGGGCGAAGCUUCCGGGCGGUUGCCGUUACGGCCGGGGUUGCGUGUUGUCUUUCCUUCCUGUACUUAAUCGCAGACGACUAUUACGUUUUCCGCGCGCCUCGGGAAUGCCUCUCCGCUCUCAACGAAACGAAAUGCGUGUCCGAAUUCCGCGUCGCGCGGCUAUCUCUAGGCGCGACACCCGCCUCUAGACGCGCCGUGAUUCGCGCUCUAGUGCAACGGGUCCAAACGCAAGUCCGCGCGGCUCUGCCGCUGCUCGAGGAGAUUAAAGCCAACGUGACGAUUAGGACUCACUACUCGGAGGUUAUAACGAAGGAAUGCGCGGAUCAGGCGGGAAUCGCGCUGUACCACUUGGGACUGGCGGCCGACCGGCUCUCCUCAUCAGCGCGCGGCGCGCGCGCCACUGGCGGCGGAACUGCUGGCGGAACUGAAGGCGGCGGCGGAAACGGAAUGGUGGACGUGCCGUACUGGCUGGCUGCGGCGCAGCGCCAGAUGCGCAACUGCAUGAGCGCACUUAACUACUUCACUCCACCGUCGCUGCAGUCCCAGCCUGGUGUCGCUCUCACAUGCGAGUCCCUCCUUGAAACCGCAGUGGCCCUGGCCUCUGCUGACGUGCCACUCUUGGAUCCUGCCACGUGUCAGCAGCAAAAAUCCCUCGCGCAGCAGCGGCAGCAGCAGGGAGGGGGGCUGGAGGGAUACGAGGCACCAGCAUGGGUAGACGUGGGGCUUUACAAGAAGAUUAAGGCCUUUCAGAAGAGAAUAGCAGCAGGGGUAGGGGCAGGGGCAGGGGCAGGGGCAGGGGCAGGGGCAGGGGGAGUGGCGGCAGGAGGCGUGGGAUUGGUUUUGGAUGCGGUGGUGGGGCGUGGGGAGCAAUACACGCGCAUUCAGCAAGCACUGGACGCAGCAUCCCCUGCUGCCAAUACCCCUCGCCCAUACAUCAUCUUCAUCCGAGCAGGGUGGUACCGGGAGCAGGUGCGCGUGGGGAGGGAGGGCGUGGUGCUGAUGGGGGAGGGGGCUGACAAGACCGUCAUCACAGGCAACGCCAGUGUUGCUGACAGCGCAUCCACAUACGGCUCUGCCACUGUAGCGGUGGAUAGGGGCUGGUUCAUGGCAGUGGGGAUCCGGAUAGAGAACACAGCAGGGCCACGUGGCAAGCAGGCAGUGGCUCUCAAGAUCUCCGCCGACCGCUCUGCCAUCUACGACAGCGCCAUCACGGGUUACCAGGACACGCUCUGUGUGGACGCAUACUCCUCCCUCCACCUGCCUCCCCAUGACUCCCCUCCUGGCUCCCCUGCUGUGGACCGAGGCAACUUUAUGGCAGUGGGGAUCCGGAUAGAGAACACAGCAGGGCCACGUGGCAAGCAGGCAGUGGCUCUCAAGAUCUCCGCCGACCGGUCCGCUAACCAGGGCGUGGAUGCUCUGUGCACGGGUGGUGGUGAUGAUCGGCAAUUACCUGCCUGCGCUCCAGUCCCCUUGCCGGGACUGCAGCUCCAGUCCCCUUGCUGGGACUGCAGCUCCAGUCCCCUUGCCGGGACUGCAGCUCCAGGCAACGCAGCUGUGCCGAGACCGGCAGCUCUGGCCGCGGUGCCCCUCGCGCUGUUCACAUUCUGUCUGUAA